UAUUUCAAUAUGGCGGAUAUUUUGGUUUCUAAUGCACCGAUAAAUUGAGAACACCCCGAUUUUCCCGGUUUUUAUUAUUUAUUUGGAAAUUAUUCUUAAGUUGUUUGGACAGGGAUUACUUUCAAUUUGUCGAUGCCAAUCCCAGAAAGCUCCCGAUCAGAAGUCGCAGAAAUGUCGCAGGACAGUAAUCACAGUUCCCAAAGUUCAGUUUCUGAGGACAGUGGGGCUGACCACAGCGACAGUGAUGAUUCUUCAACAAUGGAUGAGGACGACUACGAGAGGAGGAGAAACCAGUGUCAAGAGAACGUUGACGAUCUCGAGAGACAGUUCGUACUGCUCAAGGAGCAACUCUAUCGUGAACAAAUAUCUCAACUGAAUGCAAAAGUCAGAGAGAUCGAGGAGGAAACCGCUGAGGAAUAUGCAGUUCCUCUGCUCCACCUCCAGGAGAGAAUGCAGACGAGAAUAGAAGUCGCAGAGAUUCUCCUCCAAAUGAGACGUGGCAACAUCCAGCACAAGUACGAGGGUGAGAUAAAAGCCGCUGAGGACAACCUGAGAAACGAGAAAAACAUUCUGAGGAAUUCUAUCUACUCUGAACUUCAGGAUAAGAUCCGGAGGCUUCAGGAGGAUAAGAACAACGUGGACAUCCACGAGGACCUGUGGCUGAGCUCCACAGGACGAAGGAGGAGGAAUGCCAAGAGAAAACGCACGUUUUACGUAUCAGGUCCUUACAUCGUUUAUAUGCUCAACGAAUCUGAUAUUCUCGAGGAUUGGGCACUCAUCAGGAAGAGUCUGAGCUGUCGAAAUUCGGGGAUUUUGCUCCAUAAAUAAUCAUCAUUGUGAAAAUAGUGAGGAUUUGCUCGGUCAAGUAGAUAAACUUUUUUAUGGUUUGAUAAUCAAUUCAAAACGGGAGUUAUCGAGUGAAUGAUAAUUAAUUAAGUGAGCUGUUGAAGGGAUAAUUAGGGGAGGCAGACAUUUGGUUUGAGUGGGGUAAUUAAUAUUGAUUUGACGAGGGGACUCCAAUUUCUGUAGUUGUAUUUCUUAAUGGAAUCUGAUAAUUUAUAUUUUGUAUUGAUUGUGACAAGUGACACUUUUCGAUGAAUAUUUUUUAUAAAAAUUGUAAAUAAUAGAGAUUAUGUGGAUUUUGUGAUUGUUCGUCAGCUAUGUAAUUCAAUCAUCUUCAAUUGCAUAUUUUUUUAAUAAUCAUUUUUACAUUCGAGCUGAAUUUUAAUUUGUCCUGGCAGGAAAAAAUAAAAUAUUUGUUCGAUAUUCUGGUGUAAAGACUAAAAUAAAUGAGUCAAUUAAUUUUUCAUUCACGUGUACUUGUACGUGUAUUUGUUUCAAAGAGAAUUCAACCUGGAUAAUUUCUUCUCUGAUUUUUUUUAUUGGUUAUUCAGUAAUAAUUGGAGCAUUUAAUUAACUCAUUUUUUAAAUCCGUUCAUUUUCAAUGACAAGAAUACAGCUGUUUGUGGAUGGUUAUUAUUAAUAUUCAAUUAUUGGGUAAAAAGAAUUAUCGAGGAAUUUAUUCCCUUGAAAAUUAAAAUGAUUUUUCCUUUUUAAUUGGCUAAUUAUGUUAGGCAGAGUUAGAUGACAGUGUAAAUAGAUUCGACCAUAAUACGAUCUCCAGACAUACAAUAGAAUAAUACCGGAAGUAAAUUCACUCUCCACAAGUCUAUCCCAGCAAAUGUAGAAUUUCAGAGGUCCUAAUUUCCGUAAGUACCACAGAAUAACAGAGACCACACAUACACUGACAUCCAAGAAACGAAAAUCCCUGAAAAUUCCAUUAGAAUUCAAUUCAAACCAAAAAAAAAUUAUAGAAUUCCUUCCGAAAUUCUCCACUGCUUAAGAACUAAUGAACUGUUAAUCUUUUUUUUUAUGCUUAUUUUACCUCGCUUCGAGUCGGAUGAGACUAUGUGGCGAUUGAUCAGGACUUUUUAAAGCUGGUUAGAUCUCACCAUUCUACCCGGCCAGGAAUCGAACCUGGAACCCAUCCGUUGUGAGGCAACGACCUUAACCACGAACUGUUAAUCAUUCUUGAUUAUUAGUUCUUAUUCAUUAAUGGCAUUUACUUCAAGUGCAGAAAACAGGAAUAUUGUGAAAGCAGAUAUUUAUCUAAUGAAUAAAUAAAAAUAAAAAUAUUUUUUCGUUAGUGUAAAGACGCUGUGAAUUCGUGCAAUUU